AGUUUCAACGUGAUACUAUUCGCGAUAGAGUGCCAAUAGUGUCGCAGGUCCGGGGAUCCGGAGGGAGAGUCUAAUCCCUUUCAGGACUGACAGUUAUCUGCAUAUGGGGAAGUCGAAUCAAAUGUCGUCCAGCGUAAUCCGUUCCUUGGGAUAUGUGUUCUUCAAAAUAGCCAGCACGAAGGAUUGUGAUGUCAACUGUUGUCGUGAUCUAGAUCUGCGGUUUGCUGGUGGAGCGCCCAAGUCCUCCAGCGCCAGGCGAGGCUAAACCGAAUCCCGUAAUCCCCCCUCCUCAAAAAAUUUCUGGGUGAUCUUCACUCCACCAUGCUCGCUCUCUUCCCCGCAGUCCCCUUUUUCCUUAUCUUUGUUGCUUUUUUUGAGACAUUUCUGAUCCAAUUUCAAGUCAUUCUUGGUGUCAUCUGACCCUCGACGUCCAGUAAUCUGGCUUUCUAUCUUUUCUAAAUCCAUCGCGACGACGUAUGCCACCUAAAAUCCCACUCCCACUCUCCGACGAGUGGACGGACUCCGAUGCUUACGUUGAUACCCUCGUUUCUUUUGCGACCUCGUCCGACCUGUUUCGACACUUGUGCGGUGGAGUACAUGUCCUCGAUUUUCUGACCAGGGAUCCGGAUCUUUACGCCUCACUUCUACCAGCGGAAUGGCGGGCUUUCUUCGACAAGCAUGACAUUCAGGAUAUUCUAGACCUUCUUCUCAGAGAGGCGGUUCAGCCACUCAGAGAUCAAUAUGAAGGAACAGAGGGGUACAAUGGGGAGAAUGGCUGGAGAGGGGGCCCUUUCCCUCCGGCGGGCCUCUUGGACUACAUUCACCAGAUUCGACGGUUGAGCCUGAGAAGGGACUUUACCCCCUCCGAGCCCAAAAAACCGACUCUUCCAAGACAAAUUUCCGUGGGCAUGAAUGUGAAAAAGUACCAUGAGGUGGCACACUUUUCGAAAUACGUGGAUUCCCUUUGUGAAACCGUGAAUCAGGAACGAGGCGAACCCAUAUCGCACGUUGUUGAUUUCGGGUCGGGUCAGAAUUAUCUGGGACGGACGCUGGCUAGUCCUCCUUACAAUAGGCAUAUCAUUGCCAUUGAGCGAAAGCACCAGUUUAUCAGUGGUGCUAAAGGCAUGGACAUUCAUGCGAAAUUAGCGAAGAAAAAGCUUCGCCUCUACAAUAAGAAGGAAGAAAAAUGCAAGAACUGCAAAGAACCCGAGCCACCCGCUGAGAAAUUGAAGCCGGUUCAAGAUGUACCUGACAGUCCUGCUACAAAUCUUUCGGGCGAGGAUGAAGAUUCCACCGUGAUCAAUGUCUUCCGUGAUAUGGACAUUGAUCCGGAAGAGAUGAACUCCCCUCCCCAUCGCAAUGAUACCAAUGCCAAGUUGGCAAAGGCUCAAGAAAAAACUUCGGCGAAAUCUGAAGAAGACCAGAGCAAUCCCACGGGAGCUAUGAGCUAUAUCGAACAUAACAUCAAAGAUGGGUAUUUGGAGCCUAUCAUCAAGGAUGUGGUUGAAUCCCCACCAGAGAGAAUUGGAGCGGUCAAUUAUCAAGAGAAACCCAUCGUUUCAAACGGCAAUGAAGAAUCAAAGGACGCAAAUGUCAUGGUUAUUUCUUUGCACUCCUGUGGUAAUCUACUUCACCAUGGAGUUCGGUCUUUAACCCUCAACCCAUCCGUCAAAGCUAUCGCGAUGAUCGGGUGCUGCUACAACCUUGUCACCGAAAGACUUGGCCCUGCUACAUACAAGAUUCCUACUCUCCGAUCGGCCCAUCCUCGUUUGUCAGCGGAUGCCACUGCCUAUGACCCUCAUGGCUUCCCGAUGUCGAAACGGUUUGAAGAGUAUCCCCAUGAGAGCGGGACCGGUGUAAAACUGAACAUCACGGCAAGAUCAAUGUCCUUGCAGGCUCCUUACAACUGGGGCAGGCGAGACAGUGAAGAAUUCUUUACCCGUCAUUUCUAUCGAUCCCUUCUCCAACGCAUCCUGGUAGAUCGAAAUAUCGUGGAAAAACCCGCCAUCCCAACAGAUCUGUACGAGGAGACGAAACCUGAUGGCUCGAUUGCAGCAGGCAACCCGCUCAUUGUUGGCUCUUUGCGAAAAUCCGCAUUCACAUCCUUUACUUCAUAUGUUCGCGCUGCGGUGGAGAAGCUGAGCCGUGAUCCAAACUACGGCGAAAAGAUCCAAGCUGAGAUGGGGAAGAUUUCCGAUGAGGAUUUGGAUCGCUAUUUGAAAGAUUAUUGGCACACAAAGAAGAACCUCGGUGUGACCUGGGCCUUGAUGGCCUAUAGCGCCUCCUUGGUUGAAGCACUGAUUGUUGUUGAUCGAUGGCAGUUCCUGCGAGAGCAUGACUGUGUCAAGGAUGCCUGGGUUGAGCCUGUCUUUGAUUAUGGCGAAAGUCCCCGGAACCUGGCCGUCAUCGGAAUUAAGAAGUGAUGGCACAAUCGGCCACCUACAUGGAGAUAGAAGUUCGUCUAUCAUGACGGAUCAACUUCUUCUCUAAUGAUUAUGAUCAUCCGUGGAAUAUAGACUAGAUAUAUCUCCAUUUGAUACCCUUUAGAAUAAAAAGUUAGUCGUUUUAUAGAAAUAUAUUAUAGAUUUCCAUUAUACA